GGGGAGCCGCCCCUAGACUGCACCACCUCCAAGUCCGUAUCAGCAUCGCCCCGAUUUUUGCUAUUUGGCUUUUCUUCGGCAUAGCUCUUGAAUAGUAAUGGAGGGCAUAGACUGGUGUGUAAUGGAAUCAGAUGGUAAAGCCUUGAGGUGAAAUGAGGUCCCGUCGCGAUAAAUCGCAUCACUUGUCUGGAUAGUUUAUUCAACAAACCACUAGCCGGGAAAGAAAUUAGAAGAAAAGAGCAGAAAUGGCAAGUAAUCAUAAACCUCCUACAGCACGUCCUUCUUCACGAAUAGGCCUGGGUGUCCGGCCACCUUCAUCCUCAUUACGACCUCCAUCUGCAGCAUUACUUGGUGCAGGGAUUCCCCCAGGUACAUCCAGGCCUGGUACACGUGGUGGAUCGAUAGGAACUGGUGUGGUUUUGUCCUCUCAGAUUAAAGUUGCAGACCGUCCAGUGACACAACAAGGAUUAAGUGGAAUGAAAACAGGAAUGAAAGGUCCACAAAGACAAAUUAUGGAUAAAUCCUAUUACCUUGGAGUGCUGAGAGGCAAAAUUAAUGAGCUUACUUUAGAAAUCAAUAAGCUUCAGAAAGAAAUUGAUAUGUAUAACCAGGAGAAUUCUGUCUAUCUGUCCUAUGAAAAAAGAGCAGAAUCUUUAGCUAGUGAAAUCAAAGAAUUUCAAGGACAGUUGGCAGACUACAAUAUGUUGGUAGAUAAACUUAACACAAAUACUGAUAUGGAGGAAGUAAUGAGUGACUAUAACCUGUUAAAAGCUCAAAAUGACUGUGAAGCUCAGAGCAUAGACAUUAUAUUUACAGAAAGACAGAGCAAAGAAAAACUAAUUCAAGCUGUGGAAGAUGAUAUCCGGCAGGAAAAACAAGCAGCAGAAAAUAUAAUAAAAAAUAUGUCGGAAGAAGAUCAAACCAAAUACAUAGAAAUGAAAAUGGCAAAUGAAAAGCUCUUGCAGGAAUUGGCCUCUUUACAACAAGAAAUGGAUGCUGUGAAUAUGAAAGAACAAGCUCUGGAAGCCGAAAUUACCCACUCCCAAAUUAAACAAGAGGCCUUACAGCUGUACGAAAAGCUCCAUGGUCUUGAGGAACAUCGAGACCAAAUGAUUGCAGAGGACAAGAACAUGGGCUCUCCCCAGGAGGAAAGAGAAAGACUAUUAAAACAGGUGAAGGAAGACAAUCAAGAAAUAGCAAGCAUGGAGAGGCAGCUAACAGAUAUAAAAGAAAAGAUCAACCAUCUCAAUGAAGGAAUUCGGCAGCUUGACAUGGAUUUAGAAGAACACCAAGAUGGUGAAAAAAAUCUGAAAUAUAAAGAAUUGAAGAAGAGAGAGGAAAGCAUGGAUAACUUUCUUGAAUCUUUUGAAGAGACAAAGAACCAGGAACUGGAACGGAAAGCAGAGAUAGAGGCCAAUAUUGUGGCGCUUUUAGAGCACUCAAGUCGGAAUGUAAGUCGUAUGAAGCAGAUCUCUUCCGUAACAAAUCAAGAAUUGAAGAUCAUGCAGGAAGAUCUCACUUUCAAAUCAAGUGAAAUGCAAAAAUCACAGAGUACUGCUAAAAAUCUGGGUACAGAUAGUCAGCGACUCCAGAUGGACCUCCAGAAGAUGGGAUUAUUGGAGGGAAAGAUGGUCGAUGAACUAACUUCACUCAAAGAAAAAAUUGAACAGAUGAGCAAGGACCUGGAAGUAUAUAACAAUCUGCCUGCUCUGAAAACAACAGGAGAAGAAAAGAAAAAGAAACUCCAAGAAGAGAAAGAAAGAUUAACCAAACACCGGGAUGCAUUCAAGAAAAUUAUGGAACAUUUGAAUAGAGAAUAUGAAGGCCUAAAGUUGCAGCUCCAGGAGAAUGAAACACAUGCACAGCUUACAAAUCUGGAAAGGAAGUGGCAACACCAUGAACAAAAUAAUUUUGUUAUGAAAGAAUUUAUUGCUACAAAAAGCCAGGAGAGUGACUACCGGUCCAUAAUGAAGAAUGUGAUGAAGGAAGUUGCAGAAUAUAACAAAACUAUAAUAGAAGCUUUACAGAGCAGCAAGAACUGAUCCUAGAUCUACCUAUCCUGGAUGGACCAAAUUAAGGGCUAUAUACAGUUAUUUUGAAGAAUGUUGGCAUGUACAGGCAGUCCAGUUCACAUUAGUAUAACCUGUAUGCCUUUUUUCAUGUAUUCUAGGGAGCAUGAUAGGCUUGCAACAUUGGUUUGUUUUCCUUUGAGUUAACUCUGUAUUAUAAAACAAUUGUUCAAUGGAGAUUCUUUAAUUUACCCUUGUUUUGCUUUGUUAAAAUAAGCAAUAUAGUUUGAUUUACAUCAUUUUAAAAAAACUGUGUUAUGGCAAGUACACUGUAGUGCUUAAGGUUCUGCUUAAUGUUGUAACUGCAAAAGCAGAAAAUGUUAUUGUUCUAUAUUUCUGUUUAUCUUGCUAUGUCAGAAUUGUUCUACUUUGAAUUGUGUUUAAGAUGGAUAUUAAGGGUAUUAAAUAAAGAAAUCUAAGGAGAAAUCAUCCUGUAUUUCCCCCCCAAAAAAGUAUGCAGUAAAAGUCAUAUGUAGCAAAAUGAAUAUCUAAGAAAUGACUCCUUAACCCUCAGUAUCUGAGGAAUCCAGGGACUCCAGCUUGAAAUAAGCUGCCUGACUUGAAAAAUUCACAGCAUUCUUUCUAUCUGAAGUGUAUGAAAUUCUUAUGGAGUCACAUUCUUGCUGUAGGAGGAUAAAACUCCCCACGGGAUCCACAAAACGGCAAACCAGAAGUGCUAUGUUGAAAAGGGAGUCAUCAUGAAUGAGCAAAAUCCAAAUCAGCUCUUGUUGUUGACCCAUCUCCCUUGUUCCUACGAGAUCCUUCUGUGACUAAUGUUCUGUUUGUAAAACCCCAUUGAUAAGCCCAAUAAGAAAAGCAAACAGAGCAAAAAUGUGUCACUAGUUUAUCUGACUGAUACCAACAGGUCAGUUAUAAUAACUUUUUCUUGUUGCUUUGAUCUUUCCCAUGGAAGGUCAGUAACAUGAUAUUUUCUGAGAGAUGCAGGAAUAGUUUACUCAGAUUAGUUAAUGCAAAAUAAUAAAAAUGUAGUCAAUUUUUUUUUUAAAAAAAUCAAAGUGUAUUUGGAACUGUAUUUCUAACAGAUUUUGGCUUUUUGUUCUUACUGGAUUGAUGCAUUGUUAUUAUAUUGAUCCUUUGUGUAAUGAAUCAAAGGCCAUUAUUUUUAUUAUUUCAUUUAUUUUCUGACCUUCAUCUUAAGUUUUCAGGAUGGCACACUUGUAAGUCUCCAUUUUGUCUCUGUAGUACAAAUGUUAUGACAUAUAUCCUGAUGGGACCCAGUAGCUCAUUUCCAAAUGAUUAGUCAAACCCAAUGGCUUCACCAUCAUUGACAGCAUCACAUAUUAUACUAAGCCCUAAAGAAACAACCUAAUGAUUUAGCAUUAAGUCAGACAUUGCCCAAAAUCAUUCAAAUGAGUUUCCUUAGACUAGAACUUGACCAUGACACUACAUGAUUUCAUACUUGUACUAUAUUAAAUGAGUUUAUAAGUGUAGUUAUUUAAUCAAACAUGCUAAACUGGCUUGCAGUAGACUUGAUAGAUUGUAUAAAUCUGGAAUAUGGAUUGAGAAAGUUGGUUUGUCUAGCUUUGCCUAUAUUUUUGGCAGAUUAAAACAAUUUCUUAACUAGUCACAUGUCUGGGUGGGUGGAUGGAUAGGUGGAUGGAUGGACAGACCGACAGAUUGAUAGAGAUAGAGUUAGACUUCAAAAGAAACUGAGUUUUCAGCUUUGCCUGGAGGAGGGUUUUCUUUCAUUUUAGAAUAAUGGAACAGAACAGACACGCGUUUGCUGAUAGCCAGAAGUCACUAGCACUGCACUCAGCAGUAUGGGUAAGAUGCAGAACAAGAGAGCACACCCACAGUUUUGGGAACUCUUAAAGGGGUUAGAUUUGUUCUUCUGCACAACUUUAUAAAAGCUUGGUCUUAGCUCCAUGCAUUUGCUAGAAUCUGGUUCCAUUUUUGCUCCAUCGGAACAGAAAAAAAGAAGGUACUGUUUAUUAAAAUGGCAAGUUCAGGAGUACUCUUGCAAAAUUGUCAAUUUCCUGCUUCCACUCAAUAAAUCUGCUUCAUUCUGUU